AUGCGUGGCCUGAAGCUCGUUGAACGCUUCAAGAGCACCCAAGUUCAUGCCCUGAAUUCAGAAGCCACUGGCAGAAAAAACAAGGCCACAGGAGGAGCCAUCACAAUCAGAUCACUGGUGUCGAAAUCCAAAUCCAAAACCACGACAACCUCAGCAGUUGCAAACCUGUUUGUUCCUCUUCAGCUCCCUUCUUCUGACUCUCUUGAGCCUUCAAUAGAACCUUAUCUUAAACCCAUCAACCUCGUGGAGGCCUUGGCAGAACUUUACCACAGGCAAGAAUGUUGCCUUCAAUCUGAAAAAGCAUCACUUUGUGUGGAGCAGUUCACUCUGUUGCGCGGCCUCGGAGACCAGAAGCUUCUUAGGAGAUGUAUCAGAACAGCACGGCAAAACGCUGCGGACGUUCUUUCCAAGGUUGUGCUUUCGGCAUGGUUGAGGUUUGAGAGGAGGGAGGACGAGCUUGAGGGUGUUUCUUCAAUGGAUUGUGGUGGUUGUGUUAUUGAAUGUCCAAAGGAGAACUUGGUGCAUGGGUUUAGUCCUUUUUCAAUCAAUGACAGGUGCCAGUGUCCCCAAGUGACGAAACAGGAAACUAGCACUGAAGAAAAUGUGUGUUUGUGUUUGCCAGAUGAGGAAAAAGAUGUUUCUUUUUGCAUCGGGGGUGAGGAAAUUGAUUGCGUUAGGUGGAGAAUUGCAGCCCUAUCCGACCCUUUUAAGACUAUGCUUUAUGGUGGCUUUGCUGAGUCCAAAAUGAGGAAGAUUGUUUUCAGCCAAAAUGGGAUAUGCUCCAAGGGUAUGAGGGCUGUGGAGUUGUACAGCAGGGCUAAGAGGUUAGACUUUUUCUGUCCUAUGACUGUUUUGGAGCUGCUUUCCUUUGCGAAUAGGUUCUGUUGUGAGGAGAUGAAAGCUGCUUGUGAUGCUCAUUUGGCUUCAAUUGUUGGAAGUGUAGACGAUGCAUUGAUUUUUAUCGACCAUGGAUUGGAAGAGAGAGCACCCCUUCUUGUGGCUUCCUGCUUGCAAGUGUUGCUCAGGGAGCUACCAAAUUCUUUAUGUAAUUCUAACUUGAUGAAUGUAUUCUGUAGUUCUCAGGGAAGGAAAAGGUUGGCCAUAGUGGGGUAUGAUUCUUUCUUACUGUACUAUUUCCUGAGCCAGGUGGCUAUGGAGGAAAGCAUGGUGUCAAAAACUGCAGUGAUGUUACUAGAAAGGCUGGGUGAGUGUGCUACUGAAAGGUGGCAGAAGGCCCUUGCCUUCCACCAAUUGGGGUGUGUGCUGCUUGAGAGGAAAGACUAUAAAGAAGCUCAGCAUAGUUUUGAGGCAGCAGCUGAAGCAGGUCAUUUGUAUUCUGUGGCUGGUGUAGCCAGAAGCAAGUACAAGCAGGGUCAACCAUAUUCAGCCUAUAAGUUAAUUAGUUCUCUCAUGUUUGAGCACAAGCCUGCUGGGUGGAUGUAUCAGGAGCGUGCUCUUUACAAUAUGGGAAGGGAGAAAAUGUUUGAUUUGGAUGUUGCAACUGAAUUGGAUCCCUCCCUUUCAUUUCCGUAUAAAUAUAGAGCCCUGAGAAAGGUGGAGGAGAAGCAGAUAAGGGCUGGAAUUUUAGAGCUUGAUAAAAUCAUUGGAUUUAAGCUCUCUCCUGAUUGCUUAGAAUUGCGGGCUAGGAUGUUUAUUGCACUUAAGGAUUAUGACAGUUCCAUAAGAGAUAUCAGGGCAUUGUUAACUUUGGAACCAAAUUAUAUAACUUCAAAUGAAAAGAUCACAGGAAAAUACCUGGUUCAUCUCCUUAGCCAUGUGGUGCAGGAGAAGAGUCAGGCUGAAUGCUGGAUUCAAUUAUAUGAACAAUGGUCUUCUGUAGAUGAUGUUGGUUCUUUGGCUAUUAUACAUCAGAUGCUAGAGAAUGAGCCUGGAAAGAGUUUGCUGGAGUUUCGUCAGUCUCUACUCCUUUUGAGGUUAAACUGUCAAAAGGCUGCAAUGCGCAGUUUGAGGAUGGCCAGAAACCAUUCUAGCUCAAUGCAAGAAAGGUUAAUUUAUGAAGGAUGGAUUCUAUAUGAUACUGGCUAUAGGGAUGAAGCACUGGCUAGGGCUGAUAGGUCAAUUACAAUACAGAGAUCAUUUGAAGCCUAUUUCCUAAAAGCAUAUGUAUUAGCAGAUACGAGUCUGGAUCACGAAUCUGCUUCUUACGUUAUCGAACUUCUGGAAGAAGCACUUAAAUGUCCUUCAGAUGGUCUUCGCAAAGGACAAGCACUAAAUAACUUAGGGAGUAUUUAUGUAGAUUGUGGUAAGCUCGAUCUUGCGAAAGCAUGCUAUGAGAACGCCCUUGCAAUUAGGCACACUAGAGCUCAUCAAGGUCUAGCACGAGUAUAUCAUCAGAAAAAUCAAAGAAAAGCUGCAUUUGACGAGAUGACCAAGCUAAUUGAGAAGGCAGAGAGCAAUGCCUCAGCAUAUGAGAAACGAUCAGAAUACUGUGACCGUGAGAGGGCAAAGGUUGAUCUGGAUGUAGCAACCCAACUGGAUCCAUUAAGGACAUAUCCAUAUAGAUACAGGGCAGCAGUGAUGAUGGAUGAGCAAAAGGAGUCUGAAGCUGUAGAAGAGCUCACCAAAGCCAUAAAUUUCAAACCUGACUUGCAAAUGCUUCAUCUCCGAGCAGCAUUUUAUGAGGCAGUAGGGGACCUCUCUUCGGCUCUUCAAGAUUGUCAGGCAGCUCUAUGCUUAGACCCUAACCAUACAGACACGCUAGAUUUGUAUCAAAGGGCGCGAAAAUUAAGCUUUUAA